AUGUGGGACAGGAAAUGGGCGACCAAAUUAAUCGACGAUGAGCUCCUCCAACGUUUCGAGCGUCUUACAGGCCAUAAGCCCCACCGUUGGCUGAGGCGCGGCCUUUUCUUUUCACAUCGCGAUUUCGACAAUAUCCUCAACAAGUACGAGCGGGGGGAGCCCUUCUUCAUGUAUACCGGAAGAGGGCCUUCAACCGAUGCGCUACAUCUGGGCCACACAAUCCCUUUCUCGUUCACAAAGUGGCUACAGGAUGUAUUUGAUGUCCCAUUGGUUAUUAUGCUUACAGACGACGAAAAGGCCCUUUUUAAGGACAAUCUCACAUUCGAAGAUACCUAUAAGUUCGGGUUGCAGAAUGCGAAGGAUAUCAUCGCUUGUGGGUUUGACCUGAAGAAGACUUUCAUAUUUAGCGAUCUGGAUUAUGUAAAGGGUCACUUUUUGAUGAAUGUUUGGGAAUUCUCGAAACUCGUAACGUUUAACCAGGUUCGAGGAGCGUUUGGGUUUAAUGAGAGCACAAAUAUCGGCCGGAUAAUGUUCCCAGCUGUGCAAUGGACUAAAGAUAUAGGCAAAAUUCCUUGUUUAAUUCCUAUGGCUAUCGAUCAAGAUCCGUAUUUCCGACUGGUUCGUGACAAUGCUUCGCGUAUGCGAUUCCCAGGGCCAAAGCCGGCCCUGAUACAUUCCAAAUUCCUUACGGCUCUGCAAGGUAUCGGAGGGAAAAUGAGUGCAAGCGACCCGAAUUCUGCAAUUUUCAUGACGGAUACUCCAAAUCAAAUUAAGAAAAAAAUUAUGAAGCAUGCAUUUAGUGGAGGGAGAGACAGUAUAGAAGAGCACAGACGGCUAGGCGGUAAUCCUGAUGUUGAUGUUUCGUUCCAAUACCUCACGUACUUUGAAGAGGAUGACGAGAAGAUCAAGCAGAUCGAAGAAGGCUACCGGAAGGGGGAAAUCCUCACCGGGGAGCUGAAGACCAUGGCGAUCACUUUACUUCAAGAAUAUGUGGCAGAAUUCCAGGCUCGGAGAAAGCUUGUUUCGGACGAGCUCUUGAAACAGUACAUGACUCCCCGAAAGCUGGAAUGGAGAGGAAAUCCCAACCCUAAGCCCAAGGAGGUCAAGCCGAAGGAAUCGAAACCGAAGGAACCUAAGAUAAAGGAGACGAAACAACGUCAGGAUGAAAAUUGA